CCGCCACCGCCGCUCCCCGCCGGGGCACCGCCGGCAGCGAGGCAAAGUCCGCUUCGAAACUUCCUUGCGGGACUUUGAGCAACUUGAGGCCGCGGAGGUGCAGCCGGGCAGGGCUCAGAGAGCGGCCCCUCUGUGUGGGGUGGGACCGCGGCGGUCGGAGCAGCUGGAUUGAGAAUCAUCUGGAGCAGAAACACAUUUCACAUGUGAAGCUCUUCACUUCAGAAUCUGUCUCGAAUCAACUUAUUUCUGCAUACUUAUAAUUUUAUAUAGCUGCUAAAUACAGACCAUGCCGAGCAGAAUGGGCUCAAAAAUUGAUCUGAACAAAGACUUCAUCAGAGUAAAAACACACUACAGUGGGGACAUCCUGAUAACAAACCUGGAUGCAUCCAUGAGCUAUGCUGAGCUCUGUGAUGAAGUGCAUGAGAUGUGUAACUUGCAGCAGGAGCAGCCCAUCACCCUCAAGUGGAUUGAUGAUGAAGGUGACCCCUGUACCAUCUCCUCUCAGAUGGAGCUGGAGGAAGCAUUCCGUCUGUACUGUCAGAACAGAGACCAGGGGCUGAUCAUUCAUGUUUUCCCAAGUACUCCAGAGAAACCCGGCAUGCCUUGUCCAGGAGAAGAUCAAUCCAUCUACCGCCGGGGAGCCCGAAGAUGGAGGAAGCUGUACCGAGUCAAUGGGCAUUUGUUUCAGGCCAAACGUUUUAACAGAAGAGCUUACUGUGGCCAGUGCAGUGAAAGGAUAUGGGGCAUCGCAAGGCAAGGCUACAAGUGUAUCAACUGCAAGCUGCUGGUCCAUAAACGCUGUCACAUCCUUGUCCCACUGACCUGCAAAAGGCAUAUGGAUUCGGUCAUGCCUUCCCAGGAACCUCGCUUAGAUGACAAAAACGAUGAGGCUGAUCUCCCUUCAGAGGACACUGAUGGAAUUCCCUACAUUCCUUCAAACCGGAAACAUGACACCAUUAAAGAUGACUCUGAGGAUCUCAAACCAGUCAUUGAUGGAAUGGAUGGAAUUAAGAUUUCUCAGGGGCUUGGGCUCCAGGACUUUGAUUUAAUCCGAGUUAUUGGCCGUGGAAGUUACGCCAAAGUUCUUCUGGUUCGGUUGAAAAAGAAUGAUCAGAUCUAUGCUAUGAAAGUAGUGAAAAAAGAGCUGGUCCAUGAUGAUGAGGAUAUUGAUUGGGUACAGACAGAGAAACAUGUGUUUGAACAGGCAUCCAGUAACCCAUUCCUAGUUGGUUUGCACUCAUGCUUUCAAACAACAAGUCGGUUGUUCCUUGUCAUAGAGUAUGUCAAUGGGGGGGACCUCAUGUUCCACAUGCAACGGCAGAGGAAACUCCCUGAGGAACAUGCAAGGUUUUAUGCUGCUGAAAUUUGUAUUGCUCUAAACUUCCUACAUGAAAGAGGCAUCAUCUACAGAGAUCUAAAACUGGACAAUGUUCUCUUAGAUGCAGAGGGUCAUAUCAAAUUAACAGAUUAUGGCAUGUGCAAGGAAGGUUUGGGCCCAGGUGACACUACAAGCACUUUCUGUGGGACACCAAAUUACAUUGCACCAGAGAUCCUCAGAGGAGAAGAAUAUGGGUUCAGCGUGGACUGGUGGGCGCUGGGGGUGCUGAUGUUCGAGAUGAUGGCGGGGAGGUCCCCGUUCGACAUCAUCACUGACAAUCCCGACAUGAACACUGAAGAUUACCUCUUCCAAGUUAUUCUGGAGAAGCCAAUCCGGAUUCCAAGGUUUCUUUCUGUCAAGGCUUCCCAUGUGUUAAAAGGAUUUUUAAACAAGGAUCCCAAAGAAAGGCUUGGCUGCCAGCCCCAGACUGGAUUUGCUGAUAUCAAGUCUCACACGUUUUUCCGCAGCAUAGACUGGGACCUGCUGGAGAAGAAGCAGACGACGCCCCCAUUCCAGCCGCAGAUCACGGACGAUUAUGGCUUGGACAACUUCGACACGCAGUUCACCAGCGAGCCCGUGCAGCUCACCCCAGAUGAUGAAGAUAUAAUAAAGCGAAUAGAUCAGUCCGAAUUUGAAGGAUUUGAAUAUAUUAAUCCAUUGUUGCUGUCAACAGAAGAAACAGUAUGAAGGAAUGACCUCGUUGGGGACAGUGGGAAUGACAUUAAUUUAUCCUUAACUACAGUAUAUGCAUGCGAGGCUGGGACUGGUCACUUUGGAUGGAGACCAAUGAUCUAAAAACAAAUUUGCUGCUGAAAAUCAAAGAAGAGAAUUAUGAUUUUGGUGGGUGUCCUCUGCCACUUAGUGAUUCUUAAGUUCUGGGCACUGACACAACUGGCUUCAUUAAUGAAGGAAUUUGCAUUUUGUGCCUGUUUCAUGAAGGAUUGAAACGUUCGUUGCAUCCCUGCAAAAGGAGAUCAUGAGAAACUCUGAGAUCCACACACUUUCUACAAACAUUUGAUGCAAUGAGCUCCCAGUUGAAGAGUAUUACAGUGUAACAUCCUGAAGAAUAAAAUAUAUUACAGUGGU